AUGUGGUGGAUUGUACAUCGAAGGAAGAACAAGAGGAACUUACACCGCGAUUUUGAGAAUAAGAGUAUAUGUGACUUGGGGAAAGACUUGGAUGAGAUACUAAAGGGGAGGCUAGAGACUAUAGAGGAGGAACCAGAAGCUGAAGAGCGAGAGCGGUUAGGAGAAUCACAGAAGCCAAUGUUGGCUAAGGCUAAGUUGAAAGUUGAAAAGGGUAAGGCAAUAGUAAAGGCACAGGUGAAAAGUGGGAAAGUGUUUUACAUGUUAUGUGUUAUUGGUUUAGCCUCUAAACGAGUUCUUGCAUCUACCGGGCCAAGUCCAUCUCCCAUAUUGAGACAAGAAAAUCAAAGCAACAACCUAGUCUCAGCCAUUGCCGACAUGAUUAGGGAAUCUUAUAACGGUUUUGGCACCCUUCUUCUUCUCCAUGUCCUCAACGAUACAGAUUUUUACAAGAACCAAGAGAUUACUUUCUUGAUGCCUAGCGACGACCAUCUUUCUCAAGCAGACAUGAGUCAAGAGAGUCUUGAGACAUUUAUACUAAGACAUACGAUCCCUGCGUGGCUUAUGAUCAACCACAUGCUUCGUUUCCCAAACAAAACUCUUGUUCCUUCUAGCAUCCCUGAUAAAAUGUUCGUUAUCACAAAAUCUGGUAGGUCGGGGGGACUAUAUGUGAACAAUGCGAGGAUCGUUUCUCCUAAUAUUUGUCGGAAUCCUCGCGUGGCUUGCCACGGAGUCAGCAACGUUAUUACAUUCACCGAAGACUCCUUUUCGAAGGCAACGUUAUCACCUAAAAUGUUAUCAUCGGUUCGUGAAAGAAUCACUUCGUCUAGGCACUGA